AUGGCCCCUUCAACCCGACUACGAGCUAGGCCGGACCGCCGUGUCAACUAUGCUGAGCCCUCUGGCCCGAUAGGUACCCGCAAUAACCCUGUGCGUAUCGAAGAGACCCCAGAGCCCGAAGCCGGCUCCCGAACCUCGCCUGCCCCUACCACAUCCGUCAGAAAGCGCGGUCGUAAGCUUCCUGUUCGCAAGAAAACUAGAGCUAUCUCACCUGAGGUACCAGAGGCCUCUCUUGAGAAGGACUCCAAAGCUGUCGCUCGUGUCAAGGCUGGUGCUGUUGUUAAACCAAAAGCAGAGCCGAAGACACGCAAGAAGCUUCCGACACCGAAGGGAAAAGAGCGACCGAAGAAGCAAGAGUGCUCAAUCUGCGCAACAACCAAGGACACGUCUAGAUCUUUCAAGGUCCCCAAUGAUGCUUGCGAACAUCUUCAGACUAUCUGUAACUUAUGUGUCGCAAAGAUGCUCAAGACAAAGGUCGCCGAUCGUCAGCUUAAGGAUGCAGAGUUGAGCUGCCCGGUCCACAAAUGCGACUAUUUGCUAGACUAUGCAGCUCUUCAGGCUAUAGUUAGCAAGGCCGCUUUCGAAGACUACGAUAAAGCCGUCACGAAGCACGCUUUAUCUAGUGGCGAAUCAUACAUCGCGAAGAAGGCGGAGGACGACUUGUCCAAGAGGGCUGUCAAGACUAUGGGAGCCAAGCCAUGCCCAAAGUGCGGUAUGAACAUCCAGAAGCACGGUGGAUGCGAUCACAUGACAUGUGAGCAGUGCGGCCACAACUUCUGUUGGGUGUGUCUCGUUGAGUACACCAAGGACAUUCGGCACCGCGACGACUGCCCGCAUGCGCGAGUUCACGUUGCUGUCGAUCCUGGCAAUUGGCUUCCUGAAGACUUGACUCUUGCGCAGAUCAACCGCCUUAUCGCCGAAGCAGAUGCUCGUCUCGAUGCGCCGUUGGAAGCUCCCGCACACGCUCCCGUACACGCUCCUCAUGUGGCACCGGCCCCACCUCCACCCGCUGUUGCUUUCGGCGGCAUACUCAACCCUUUCAAUUGGAUGGGCGGUGGAGAUGGAGAUGGUGAGAAUGCAGGCGCGGCUGGUGCUAAUCGUCACCCACCUGCUCGGGACCAUGAACGCAGACGGCGGGGCGAUGAAUUUUGA